GAAUGCCUCAAUAACCUAAAAAAAUGUUUAACAACAUAACUACCAAGGUAAACAUUAAGUCUCUAAGGAUUUAUACCAAGUUGGAGAAAUAGACUAUUGUAAUGGCAAAUCCAGUGCGGAACGUACCCAUCUCUGAGAUUCUAAAGAAUAAGACUACAUUCGAGGAUGAACCGAGGAAAAAAUCCCGAGAGGAUUGGAGAAAAGCCAAGGAGUUGGAAGAAGCGAGAAAAGCAGGUACAGCACCCGCAGCCGUCGAUGAGGAAGGUAAGGACAUAAACCCUCACAUUCCUCAGUACAUAAGUGCAACUCCCUGGUACUUUGGUGCAUCUGGACCCACCCUGAAGCACCAAAGACCACAGCCAGAGAAACAAAGGGAGUACAGCAGCCUUGGUGAGUGGUACAAGCGCGGUGUAGAUGCAUCGAGUGUAGCAACAAAAUUUCGUAAAGGAGCUUGUGAAAAUUGUGGAGCAAUGGGCCACCAGAAGAAGGAUUGCUUUGAACGGCCCAGAAAAGUUGGGGCUAAUUUCAAAGGCACCAACAUCGCUCCUGAUGACUUUUCACAACCUAAUUUAUCUCUUUCAUAUGAUGCUAAACGGGAUCGAUGGGCGGGCUACGAUCCAACGGAUCACAGAGCCUUUGUCGAAGAGUAUCAAAAAAUUGAGGCGUGUAAAAGACAAAUGAGAGCUGAAAAAUUAAAUGCUGAGGAAAGCGAUGAGCAAGAUUCUGAUAAGGAUGAAGAUAAAUACGUCGAUGAGGUGGACAUGCCGGGAACCAAAGUUGAUUCCAAACAGAGAAUCACUGUGCGAAAUUUACGAAUUAGAGAAGACACCGCUAAGUACUUGAGAAAUUUAGACAGCAAUUCUGCUUAUUACGAUCCGAAGACCAGAUCUAUGAGGGAUAAUCCAUAUGCUGGAACGGAAAAAGAAGUGGAUUAUAAAGGCGAAAAUUUCGCACGUUUUUCUGGAGAUACUCAAAAGCAUGCAACAGCCCAAUUAUUCGCUUGGGACGCUUAUGAAAAAGGUGUGGAUGUUCAUUUGUUAGCUGAGCCCACUAAAUUAGAAAUGUUGAAGCAGGAGUAUGAUAAAAAACGAGAUGAACUGAAAAAUGAAGCUCGAGGUAGUGUUGUGGACAAAUAUGGAGGUCAUGAGCACCUUCAAACACCUGAUCCAUCACUUUUGCUAGCACAAACUGAAAAUUACGUUGAAUAUUCAAGAUCGGGAAAGGUAAUUAAAGGUCAAGAGAAACAAGUAAUUCGCUCUCAAUAUGAAGAAGACGUGUUUCCCAAUAAUCAUAAGUCAGUUUUUGGUUCUUAUUGGCGCGGAGGUUAUUGGGGCUAUAAGUGUUGUCACUCAUUCAUAAAAAAUUCCUAUUGCACCGGUGAAUCCGGAAAACAGGCACUUGAAUCCUCCCAAGCACUCCAAGCAACUCCACCUGCAUCCCAGAUUAAUGGAGAAUCAGGGACACAAUUGACUGGAGCUGAUAGAAAUACCUUUAAUGAUUUUGAAAAUGAUAAACAAUUAGCCAGUGAGCACUCUUCAAGUAAUUCAUCAUCAGAUGAGGAUUCUCGAAGCAAGACCGAACGUAAAUCAAAGUCGAAGAAGAACAAGAAAAAAAAAAAGAAGCAAAAGGAAAAACUGAAGAAAAAUAAAGGAAAUGAUGAGGAAGUGGAUUCUUUAAAAGUGGCAUUGGAAAAGGAAGACAAAAGUCAGCGAGAGGCAGAGGAACUGCUGAAGAUGGAUGAACGUAAGAGACCUUAUAACAGUAUGUUCACAGCUAAGGAGCCUACAGUUGAGGAGAUUGAAGCCUUCCAAAUGAAGAGGCCCAGGGAAAACGAUCCAAUGGCUAAUUCCUCUACUACAGUUUAUCCUUUUUGCUGCAAAGUCCAAAGUAUGGCAUCAUUUCGCAUUAUAAACUCCAAGGUGGUGGUGAGCUCAGUGGUAAAUCUUAAGUUUCACGAGCAUUUCCGAAAUCUUUACCACUGUAAAAAAAUGAAGAAAGGAUUGGUCCUCGGUGUUUAUGAGGGGGAGAAAAAUGACGUUGUUCUCACACCAUCGGCUGCCAAGUACAACGAGCUCGUCAAUGGAAAACUACUGGAAAACAUUUCCUUCAGCGCUGGUCCAAUAUUAAAGAAAUCGAAAACUCGAGUUUUCUGGAGCAUGGAAAGUGGUGAAUACAAUUGUGUAGCUGUAGUUGGCCUUGGCAAGCAGAACCUCGGCUACAACUCACUAGAAGAGAUAGAUGAGGGAAAGGAAAAUAUUCGCGUUGCAGUUGCAGCGGGGUGCAGUGCCCUCGAUGCCGUAGACAUUAAAUCUAUCGAGGUUGAUUCUAUGGGGGAUGCAGAAGCAGCAGCUGAAGGAGCUAUUCUAUCUACUUGGAUAUUUCAAGAAUUCAAAAAUAGAGCCAACAAAAAAAAACUACCAACGGUUUCGCUAUAUGGCAGUGAAGAAGAAGCCUUAUGGAAUGCUGGGAAGAUCAAAGCGGAUGCUCAAAACUGGGUACGUCUUCUGGCGGACAUUCCCGCCAAUUUCAUGACUCCGACAAUUUUUGGCGAGACUGUUUCCCAAGUUCUCAUCCCCCAAGGAGUCGACGUUAUAGUUCAUGAUGAGCUUUGGGCAACCAAGAAAAAAAUGGGUUCUUUCCUGAGCGUUUCUCGAGGUAGCUCUGAACCGCCGAAAUUUGUAGAAAUUCAUUAUAAAGGAGCAGAGCCAACUAAAGCCCCAAUAGCUUUUGUGGGCAAAGGAGUGACAUUUGAUGCUGGUGGUAUCAGUUUGAAGAGCGCAGCUUCAAUGGAUGAAAUGCGAUCAGACAUGGCAGGAGCAGCUUGUGUUGCUGGUCUUAUUAAAGCUGCCGCUGAAUUGAAACUCGAGGUGAAUCUAGUCGGAUUAAUUCCCUUGACGGAAAAUCUUCCAUCAGGAACAGCAACCAAACCUGGCGAUAUUGUUACAGCAAUGAAUGGUAAAACAAUUAUUGUUGAUAACACUGAUGCGGAGGGACGAUUGAUACUUGCUGAUGCCCUGAGUUAUGCUGCUGAAUUCAAGCCUCAAUGUACUGUAGACAUUGCGACUCUCACUGGAGCCAUUAAAAUAGCCUUGGGUAAUGCUGCCACUGGAGUUUUUACUAAUAGCAACGAAUUGUGGGAAUUGUUGAGACAAUCUGGCUCCAUUACUGGUGACCGCAUGUGGAGAAUGCCUCUAUGGCAGCACUAUAAUAAUCAGAUAACAAAACCCUUUAAAGCUGCUGAUUUGAAUAAUUUUGCUAGGGUUAAAGGUGGUACCUCAUGCAUUGCUGCUGGUUUUUUACGUGAAUUCGCUAGCUCUGAAGCACCCUGGCUACAUUUAGACAUGGCUGGUGUCAUGGGCCCUACUAAUGAUGAAAUUAGUUACUUGACUUCGGGUAUGUCUGGAAGACCGGUCCGAACCCUCAUUCAAUUCGUCCAGAACAUUGCCAGUGGAAAGGCUACGUGCAGACGUUAAGUGUUAAUGCUAGCAUGAAUAAUUAACCGACACGUAAAGAGCAAUGAUGUCAAGAAAAUAAUGAGGCCAUUGAUGGGAGAAGCUUGAGACUCCACAUCAUACCAAUAUUUUUUAUCUCAAAUUGAGUUUUAUAUAUGGCUGCUUGAUUUUUGUCCUUCAUUUUUUUUUUCUUUCUCCCUGUCUUUCCAACAACUCGCAAAUUUCUCAUUUCAUAUAAAUAUAAUUGUAGUUUAUAAUGGUUAUUUUCAAUAGAAGGGAUACAGGGUGAGAAAUAAAUAGCCUCGUUAAAAUGUCA